AUGAAGCCAGCAGGAUUGAUUGCCCAAUCUCUUGAUAGAUGGGGAGUGAAGUUGUCACAUGAUCAGGCUUAUAGAGCUAAAAGGAGGGCCAUGGAUAUGUUACAAGGGGCUGACCAACAAAAGGGAUUAAUACCAGAAAUUCAAAGUGUGAGUGCUCAUGUUGAGCAACACAUAUGUGUGAAGCAUCUAUAUGGGAAUUGGAAGAAGAAGAAUCCUGGUCUUGAAUUCAAAGAAGUUAUGUGGAGUGCAGCACGAGCUACAACUGUACCAUCAUGGGAAAGGGCGAUGUUAAAUAUGAAAGGCAUGAAAGAAACUGCAUGGAAGGAAAUGGUGGAUGUCUCUGCAACUUAUUGGAGUCAGUCUCACUUCAAAACCUAUUCCAAAUGUGACCUUCAGGUAAACAACAUGUGCGAAGCUUUUAAUAGGGCUAUUCUAGAAUAUAGGGAUAAGCCAAUAAUCACUCUUUUGGAAGGGAUUAAGCAUUACCUUACUAAGAGGAUAGCUAAGAUGAAAGAGCUAAUGAAUAGCUACAAUGGUGAUAUAUGUCCUAGAAUACAAUUGGUGCUAGAAAAAAACAAGAGGAAUGCAGCACAUUGGACUCACACAUGGCAUGGUGAUGAUAACAUGGCCAUAUAUGGUGUCGCUAAUGGAAUUGACACAUAUGUAGUUAACCUCAAGCAAGAGACUUGUGCAUGUAGGAAAUGGGAUUUAACCGGCAUCCCUUGUAGCCAUUAUAUCACAUGUAUUUGGCAAAACAAGAAAAAACCUGAAGACUAUGUAUCUGAAUAUUACAGGAAGGACAGUUUCAAGAGCAUCUACUCACACAUCAUUUACCCUACUAAAUGCCCACAAUUGUGGCCUUUGGAUAACCAGUCCACUAUGAAUCCACCAAUUAUGAGAAUGGCCAUAGGUCGUCCCAAGAAAAUGAGGAACAAAGCUAAUGAUGAACCAAGACUAAAGCAUGGACACAACAAAAGAAGCUGCAAAGGCAAGACAGCUGCUGAUAGAGCCAUCCCAAAAGGUGGAAACAAGAAGAAGAUUGCUUGUGGACAGAAGAAGAAAACAAAGCCAAAUGAAGUUGAGAUUGAAAACUCAUCCCAAGCACCAAUGGCUACACAACCAUCUCAGCAGUAG